AUGAAGGCGGCCACCAGACUCCCCCUAACGGAUGAGUGCCAUCACUACAAGUCCAAAGCAGAAGUGCCUUGGGAUCUUCAAAAAUACUUUUCCCAGCGCUACUCCCUCUUCUCCUGGUACGACGAGGGCGUCUACCUCACAGAUAGCGCCUGGUUCGGCGUGACCCCCGAACCCGUCGCAAACCAAGUCGCAAACGAAAUGUACCACACCGACGCCUCAAAACGCGUCCUCGUCGACAUCUUCGGUGGCGCCGGCGGCAACACCAUCGCCUUCGCCCUCUCGGCCCGCUGGGAUCGCGUCAUCUCCAUCGAGCGCGACGCCGCCACCCUGGCGUGCGCCCAGCACAACGCAGAGCUGUACGAGGUCGCGGAGUACAUCACCUGGAUCCACGGGGACUGCUUCGACUACCUCCGCAAGCUGAGGGAGAGCCCCGAGGAGCUGAGCGAGGAGUUGAGGGUGGACAUGGCCGAGACGGUGGUCUUUGCUUCGCCGCCUUGGGGUGGACCGGGGUACCGGACCGCCGAGGUGUUUGAUCUGAGCAAGAUGGAACCGUAUAAUCUGGACGACCUGCACGAGGCCUGCAAACCCAUGGAUCAUGCGCUGUAUCUCCCUCGAACAAGUGAUCUGAGACAGGUGGCGAAAUUAGCCCCGGAGGGGGAGAAGCUUGAAGUAGUGCAGUAUUGCAUGGAAGGGGCGAGUAAGGCAAUGGUGGCAUUCAUACCGGGAACGUUGAGUACAACACAAUCAAAACCGUAA